AUGACCGACGCAGCAGUCUCCUUCGCCAAGGACUUCUUGGCCGGUGGUGUGGCCGCUGCUAUCUCCAAAACCGCUGUAGCACCAAUUGAACGAGUCAAGCUUUUGCUGCAAGUCCAACAUGCAAGCAAACAAAUCACAGCUGACAAGCAAUACAAAGGAAUCAUGGACUGUGUUGUCCGUAUCCCCAAAGAACAAGGUUUCUUGUCCUUCUGGCGUGGUAACCUUGCCAAUGUGAUCAGGUAUUUCCCAACCCAGGCCCUCAACUUUGCCUUCAAAGACAAGUACAAGAAGAUCUUCCUUGAUGGUGUUGACAAGAGGACCCAGUUUUGGCGUUACUUUGCUGGAAACUUGGCAUCCGGAGGAGCUGCUGGAGCCACCUCCUUGUGCUUCGUCUACCCACUUGACUUUGCUCGAACCCGUCUAGCCGCUGAUGUUGGCAAAGCUGGCGCUGACAGAGAAUUCAAUGGUCUUGGUGAUUGCCUUGUUAAGAUUUUCAGAUCCGAUGGGCUUAGAGGCCUCUACCAAGGUUUCAAUGUGUCUGUCCAGGGAAUCAUUAUUUACAGAGCUGCUUAUUUUGGAAUCUAUGACACAGCUAAAGGCAUGCUUCCAGAUCCCAAGAACACACACAUAUUCGUCAGCUGGAUGAUCGCUCAGACAGUAACAGCAGUGGCCGGCUUUGCCUCUUACCCAUUCGACACAGUGCGUCGUCGUAUGAUGAUGCAGUCUGGAAGAAAAGGAGCUGAGAUCAUGUACAGUGGCACAAUGGACUGCUGGAGGAAGAUUGCAAGAGAUGAAGGUAGCAGGGCUUUCUUCAAGGGUGCCUGGUCCAACGUGCUCAGAGGAAUGGGUGGUGCUUUUGUCUUGGUCUUGUACGAUGAGCUCAAGAAAUACAUCUAA